AUGCAAAAUCAACCUGGAUUUGGAUGGGAAGGCCUAAAGGAGGCUAUGAGAAACCAGUUUUACCCUCAGUCUCUGCAGCUCCAGAUGGAAUAUGAGUUCAUCUAUCUGAGGCAAAGGGGUAUCUUAGUUCCGGAAUAUGCUGUGAAAUUCAAUGAGUUAGCUCAAUUUGCUCCUGAUCUGGUGUCUACGGAUCGCCAAAGGAUGAAUCGAUUUGAAGGAGGUUUGAAUCUGGAUCUUCAAGAAAGGCUUGCUGCAAAUAUGAGUAAGUAUUACCAAGAGCUAUACGACCGGGCUAUCAAUGUUGAAAGGAAAGUGAAGCUGCGAAAGGAAGGAAGUGAUCAGUGUUACCGAAAUGGUAAACAAGGACAUGUGAUUAAGAAUUGUCCGACUCCUGAUUGGCGAAGUGGAAAUGUCGUUAUUCGUGGUCAAAGAAACGGUCAGAACGCUGGUUAUGGUGGGAAUGCAAACAAGAAUCCUCCAUGUGGACCCCCGCAGGCUGGAAGAGUCUUUAUGAUGCAGCGUGAGGAAGCGAAAGCAGAUGAUACUGUCAUUACUGGUACUUUUCCUAUCAACUCUGUACCUUCUUAUGUUCUUUUCGAUUCUGGAGCUUCCCAUUCGUUUAUAUCUACUGCAUUUUCUAGAAGCUUGAAUGCAAAACCAUGCUGUGUAUUUUCUGCCAUGUUUGUCACCAUCCCUAAUGGUGAAUCCAUCUUAUGUGAUGUCAUGUAUAGAAACUGUCCUAUCCUUAUGGGAGGUUUUGAUUUUCAAGUGGACCUCAUUCAAUUCGAAUUAACCGACUUUGAUGUGAUAUUGGGAAUGAAUUGGUUGUUGAAGUACAAAGCCGACAUGAAUUGCCUUAACCAUGAAAUAACCUUAGGAUGCCAAAUGGGUGUAAGGUUUCUUAUCGAAGAAGAAAAGUCCAACCCAAACCUGAAAUCAUCUCAAGCUUGA